UCCCCUUGGCAACGCAAGAUGGCGGCGCCCAUGUUGCUGCCCGAGUCCCCGCUGGGGAAGUUGAGCCACCAGCAGUACAGAGCCAUCCUGAAGAAGGAGAAGAGGAAAAAGAAGCGGCAGGCCCUGGCCAGGCUCAGAGACUCAGAGGCUACAGAAAAAGAUGAAUCAGUGUCUGAGGAAGAAGAGGAGGACCUGGAGGAAGAGGAUGAAGAUGAAGAAGAGAAAAAGCUGGAGGCAGAAAGGCAAAAGCUGCAUGAGCAGUGGCUGCUGAGAGAGGAGAAGGCCCAAGAGGAGUUCAAGCUCAAGAAGGAAAAGGAAGAGGCUGCAAGGAAGCGUCAAGAAGAAGAGGAGAGGAAGAUCAAAGAAGAAUGGGAAGAGCAGCAAAGGAAGGAGAGAGAAGCAGCCCAGCAGAAGCAGCAGGAGAAGAGAGAGAGAGAGGCAGCUGUGCAGAGGAUGCUGGAUCAAGCUGAGAGCCAGCUGGAGAAUGGUGUGAGCUGGCACAACCCAGAGCCCCCAGAGAACAUAGGCACCGAGAAGGACAGAGCCAAUUGUCCCUUCUAUAUUAAAACAGGCUCCUGCAGGUUUGGAGACAGGUGCUCUCGCAAGCACAACUACCCCACGUCCAGCAAGACGCUGCUGGUGCGCGGCAUGUUCCUGACCUUCGGCAUGGAGCAGUGCCGCAGGGACGACUACGACACGGACGCCAGCCUGGAGUACAGCGACGAGGAGACCUACCAGCAGUUCCUGGAGUUCUACGAGGACGUGCUGCCCGAGUUCCAGAACGUGGGCAAGGUGGUGCAGUUCAAGGUCAGCUGCAACUACGAGCCCCACCUGCGCGGCAACGUCUACGUGCAGUACCAGUCGGAGAAGGACUGCCAGGCGGCCCUGGCUCUGUUCAGCGGGCGGUGGUACGCCGGCCGGCAGCUCCACUGCGAGUUCUGUCCUGUCACCAGGUGGAAGACUGCCAUCUGUGGCUUGUUCGAGCGGCAGAAGUGCCCGAGGGGGAAGCACUGCAACUUUCUUCACGUGUUCAAGAACCCCAACAACGAGUUCUGGGAGGCCAACAGGGACAUCCGAGCCUCUCCCGAGCGGACUGGGCAGCCGGCUAAGAACUCUGAGAGGAGGAGCAGGGCGGGCCACCGCGAGGAGCAGGGCGGCAGGGCCCGCCGCAGGGGCAGCCCCAGCCCCGAGCGCUCGCAGCGCAGGAACGGCGAAGCGGAGCGCAGGAGGAGCCGGCGGCGCGGCGGCAGGCGGCACCGCUCCGGCCGCUCCCGCAGCAGGGAGCGGCGCAGGUCCCGCAGCGGCGGCCGCAGGCGGAGGGGCCGCAGCCGCAGCGCCACCCGCAGCCGGAGCCGGAGCAGGAGCUCCUCCCGAUCCCGGAGCAGGGGCAAGAAGAGGUCGAGCAGCAGAGGGAGAAGCGGCGACACCCCCAAAGCCAAGUGAGGGCCCGGGAGGUCCCAGCCGGAGCCGACGCCUUGCCGGCGGGGCAGCAGCUAACCCCCGGCCCGAAUAAAGAGUCCUUGCCCAGCAGAUGUUGCUCCCUGCCCAGGAACCCGGCUGGUUGUGUGCUAAGCUUCAGAGAAUGCCGGUGGAAGCCCUGUCCCGGGUGUGAACGACUCAGCUCCUCCCUCCCUCUCAGCUCUCUGCAGCAGGACGCCUCCCGGGGCUGAGCAGCAGGAGAAGCGCAGCCUGCCCGGGGGAGGCUCCUUGCCGUGCUGGCUGUGCUCGGUGCUCCCUGCCCCGGCCCAGGAGAGGGCUGCCCCGGGUGGCCUGCAGCCAGGGGAAGCCUCUUCCACCACCAAGCAACUCUGCUGCUGCUCUGAGCUGGAGAGAAGGCAUCUGGAGCUGUUGGACUGCACAGUGCUUGCCCAGGAGGAGCUUUGUGCUCGCAGGUUGCCCUCCCUCCCCUGAGCUUGGGGCCUGCAGUAGGCUAAAAGCCCACAGGAGAACAAUCACCUUGCUCAGUCCCUUCCUCCCC